UGUAGUCACAUGAUCUGAUGCGCGUGUCUUUCCUGUUGCCGUGAACUUUUCUCUCCUCAUAUCCCAAAACAAACAAACAUGGCGGAUAUUGAGGAGCGGCGGAGUCUGUUAGGAGACGAGGAUGAGCGGUUUGUGGGUGACAGAGAGCCGCAGAGAGGAGCAGGAGGACCGGGAGCGAUGCCCGCCAUAUGCGACCCCCGCCGCCUCCUGCACAGAGUGGUUGUCCUCGUCUUCAUGUGCUUCCUGGGAUUCGGAAGCUACUUCUGUUACGACAACCCCGCUGCUCUUCAAACCCAAGUCCUGCAGGAUCUGAACUUGAACACUGAGAACUUCAUGCGGCUCUACGCCUGGUACUCCUGGCCCAACGUGGUGCUGUGCUUCUUUGGAGGCUUCCUGCUGGACAGGGUUUUUGGCAUCAGACUUGGAACCAUCAUCUUUUCGGUCUUUGUCUGUGCUGGACAAAUCGUAUUUGCCACUGGAGCUCUGUUAAAUCAUUUCUGGUUGAUGGAAGGUGGACGUUUUAUAUUUGGUAUUGGAGGAGAGUCCUUGGCUGUGGCACAGAACACAUACGCAGUCAACUGGUUCAAAGGAAAGGAGCUGAAUCUGGUGUUCGGUCUUCAGCUGAGCAUGGCUCGACUGGGCAGCACAGUGAACAUGAACAUUAUGGGCUGGGUGUACAGCAAAGUUGCAGGCCUUGUCGGCUCUCCUGGAUAUACUGCACUGGGCGGAUCGCUCAUGAUAGCUUCUGUAACCUGCCUGUUUUCACUCAUCUGUGCCUUGGUGUUGGCAUACCUUGACAAACGAGCUGAGAGGAUCCUCCAAAAGGAACAAGGCGGAACGGGUGAAGUAAUCAAGCUGACAGAUGUGAAACAUUUCCCCCUCACCCUGUGGCUCAUCUUCAUCAUCUGUGUGUGUUACUAUGUCGCCAUCUUCCCCUUUAUUGGACUGGGCCAGGUGUUCUUCAUUGAAAAAUUCAACUUUUCUCCGGCUGAAGCCAGAGCUGUCAACAGUAUUGUGUACAUCAUCUCAGCCCCCGCCUCUCCAAUUCUGGGUUUUCUGGUUGAUAAGACGGGAAGGAAUGUGGUGUGGGUAAUAAUUGCCGUGAUUGCCACACUCGCCGCACACAUGAUGCUGGCCUUCACCUUCUGGAACCCAUGGAUCGCCAUGUCCCUGUUGGGUGUUUCCUACUCCUUACUGGCCUGUGCUCUGUGGCCCAUGGUGGCCUUUGUGGUUCCUGAGCAUCAGCUGGGCACUGCCUAUGGCUUCAUGCAGUCGAUCCAGAACCUGGGACUUGCUCUCAUUGCCAUGGCAGCUGGAGCCAUACUGGACACCAGAGGAUACCUGGUUUUAGAAGUGUUCUUUUGUGCCUGCAUAUGCAUGGCACUGAUGGCAGUGGUGAUGCUGUACUUCGCAGAUUAUCUCAGAGGAGGAGAUUUGAACCAGUCAGCAGCAGCCAGAGCCAGACUUCAGAAAGAGGCCACUUCAGAUGCUGAAUGAUGAUGAUGGGAACACACAUGGCUGCACUGUCCACCCCAAAGCUGUCAAUCAACUGCCAAGGGGCAGGACUGAGCGUCUGACUCAGCCCCAGUGCUUGUGUCAUCUGUGGCUGUUCCCACCUGAACUAAACUGACUCUCUGACCCUGGAUAUUACAUCAUUUCUUUCCUAUCAGGACACUGAUUAAUUGCAUAUCCCUCUCUGGACACAGUGACUCCUCACACUGACUUUAUCUCUACCUCUCACUCGCCACCGACUCCUGGGUGUUUUUGAACUUCAGCCUGAAGUUUCCUCAGUUACACAAGAAAGUUAGCAAUGCAUGAAGAUUUACACAUUUAAAUGUCUUUUGUAUUCAGUGAAGAUGAGACCUGGAUCCAAAGGUUGUUUUUAUAUGUACAGAAAAAAUACAAUUUUAAACAUGUUUUUAUAUAUAUAUGUAUGUAUAUAUAUAUAUAUAUAUAUAUAUAUAUAUAUAUAUACAUAUAUAAUUCUUUCUUUUUUUCAAAUUGUCAGCAUUACUCUUUUAAUUUCCGUAUUAAAAACAACUAAUCAAUUAAUUAUUUACAUGAAAUUUGUCAGCAUUUUAAAGUAAUUCAACCAAAAUCUUCUUUGCUGAGUUUAUAUCCAAUUUUAAUCAUGUGCCUCAUUGACUCUCUUUAUGGUGUUGGAGUGUAGCACUUUAGUUUUAAUGUUUUUUAUUAUUAUUGCUCAGGUCUUUUAUUUCUUAAUUCCUUUGUCCGCUCAUCUCUGCUUUUUGGAAGUCAAAAAAAAAAGGUACAUUACUACAACAAUAAGAAAAGAAAAACAUUUAAAUUUUGAGUAAAUUCUAAUUCUAAUAAUAUGCAUAGAUUUAUUAAAGUGAUCUCUUGUAUAGUCGGUUCUGAAUAUUUUGCUCAUUUAUCAAGCUCAUGUAAUUCAUUUUUGUAAACACUUUCUCACAUUGUUGCUUACAUCAUUUGAACAGUGGAGGGAAAAAAAAAAACUCUGCUUCACUUCACCAUUCCAGAAUUGUGGGAAGAGGUUUGUCUCCCUGUGUGUUGUGAUCAGUCGCAGAUUAUUGUGGGUGAUUUAAAGUCACUACCUCAGUUAGACAAAUGACUUUUAGUCAAAUUCUUGACAAAAUGGCACUUGAGAGACUUGGGUCAGUAGCCUCUUCACAUUUAAAAUGACAGCUGUGUCACAGCCAGAGCCACCGCUCUCUUCAUUGUGUCUUUCAUUUGCACUACGAUGAUAUAACAGCAGCUCAGUCUUUGUAUCGUCGAGAAUAUACAGUAUAAUGUGUAUUAAUUGUUGUUGAUCUGUGUGCAUGAGGAUGUACGAUUUGAGGAAUUUGAAGAAAAUUGUACAUUGGAUAAAAACCCACGCGUCAUUUAUGUAUGACGUAAUAUAUUUGAUACAAGAUUGUUAAUGGAACGGUGAUCUUUUAAUUAAAGACGAUCUUUCACACCA